AUGGAUGGAGGUGGACCUGUCAUGUCAAUAGCAAAGCAGACCAAAGCGUACCACGACCAUCAGCAGGCCUGUAGCUGUGGGUGUGUACGUAUGAAUGUGAAUGGUCCAGAGAAGGAGAUAGGGAAAACAAGAGGGGGAGUGGGGGAAGUUCAGCAGAUAUCGGAGUCGGUGGUUAGUUCCAGCGUUAAACUAGCCGUUGGUGGAAUUCCAUUCCCCUCGGCAGCCCUUGCAAGCUCUACUGAGAUCCGCUUGGAACCUGCACCGGUCGGGAAAAAGGAUGCGAGAAUAUCAAACAUCAACGGUAAUAACAGAAAUGGUGAUGAUGAUGAUGAUGAUGAUGAUGAUGAUGAUGAUGAUGAUGAUGAUGAUGAUGAUGAUGAUGAUGAUGAUUGA